ACCACCCACAGCCAUGGCCGGGCUCGGGGCUGCUUUUCGCCGCCUGGGCGCCUUGUCCGGAGCUGGGGCCUUAGGCUUGGCCACCUACGGGGCCCACGGCGCCCAGUUCCCCGAUGCCUACGGGAAGGAGCUCUUUGACAAAGCCAACAAACACCACUUCAUACACAGCCUGGCCCUGUUAGGUGUGCCCCAUUGCAGAAAGCCACUCUGGGCCGGGUUGCUGCUGGCUUCCGGAACCACCCUGUUCUGCACCAGCUUUUACUACCAGGCUCUGAGCGGAGACCCCAGCAUCCAGACCUUGGGCCCUGUGGGAGGGAGCCUGUUACUCGUGGGCUGGCUUGCCUUGGCGCUUUGAGCUCCCUUUGUGUAAUUUCUGGCCUUUCCGAGUAAUUUGGGGGAGAGGGUGGCGAUUGAAACAGGAAGGGAAUUAAAAGAGAAAGGCAAAUGAAAAA